AGCACAAAGGGCAACCAGACUCCGCCCAUUUCUCAACUCUCUAAGUACCUUGAGAGGUAGUUAGAGAAAACGAGAAAACUACGAACGAGAUCAGUUUAUCAGCCAAUCUGUGUGUUUGUUUCGAACGAGAGCAACUACCCGCUAGUCGUGGAAUUGUGAGCUAAUAAAUUGGAUUCCUAAUUCAAUUAGCCUCUUCCUGUCCGACCAUAUCUACGCUCUUCCAAUCCAUUAACCCCCGCCGACUGUGUUCGAACAACAACUACGACGAAAUCAAAUUCUUCUCUUACUAAAUACGCCUAAAAUAAUGGGAAUUCUUGAUCAUCCAUCAUCAUCAUCCGGUAUCCAAUCGGGUGGUGGUACAUUUGGAAUUGACUGGGCAAAAUGGUUUCCACCAGUCACAUCUCGAUCCUUCCUUUCUCACUAUCUUCCUGCUUCUGGAGCACUUUCACACACUCUUUACACUGUGCAUUUGUUCAGUCCAAAUAUCAUUUCAAGUCUGUUUCCGACGGGAGAUCUUGCCGUCAGCAACACGAUUCUGUUCAAUGCCAACGUGGGACUCGGAUUCUACGUGUAUUUCAGAAGACACCUUCACCGUGUGAAUCCAUGGGAGAGAGUUGAAUUCAGUGUUCUUUCAUCUACGCUGUUCAAUUUUGGAAGUCUGCUUGCCGCAGUGCUCAUCAAAGCAUUGAUCCCAGCAAAAUCGCCAACUUGGCUCAAAUCUCUGACAGCUACCGUACUCAGUGGAUACCUACUGUCUCGAGCUGCAAAAUAUAUGGGAAUUCUCGACCAUCGAUCAAGCAGAGGUUCCGUUUCGCCGGCUAGAAGCGUGCUGUCAAGACGGCAAACCGCUUCCCGUUCUUCUCAUGCUGCAGAAGUUACACCUCCACCAGCAUCAUAUGCUCCAGAAACACCUCGUUCAGUGGCUUCAACGUCAUAUUAUUCUCCAUCAGAACUGCAUUUGGACACUACAUCAUCUGUUCAAUUGGAGACUCCACCACAAAGCCAUGAAUCUGGAUCUUUCAUGCCAAUGACACCUUCUGCCACAGAACAUUCAUCGUCAGAAUUUGGGCAAGAUUUGGAAGAUGCUGGAGAUAGACAUGAAAAUUAUCGGUACCUUCACUCAUAUGCAUUGAAUAAUUUGAAUCAUAGUCGCCCGAAGAAGGAAACGAUUUUAAGAAGGACUACGAUGAAUCAGAAAAAUCAGUUGGCCACACCACAGAAGCAAUUGAGACGAUCUUCGGAAACAAUGGCUCCCAUGUGCUUCGUGACUCCUGAACCAUCGUGGAAAGAGCUGGAUGUUGGAGUUUAUACACCACCGCCGUCAAGAAUGGAUUUUACACCACAAGCCUCGAAAAAAUUGACGAAGUCUUCAAAAUCUGUGAAAAUAAUUCAAAAGAAGUCCCGCCGAAUCCCGAACGAGAAGGAUGAUUUCGAUCGAUUUUUAGACGCAGUUCAGUGGCACGCCCCUUUAAUUCUUGUACCAGUUGCAUUUGGAUGUUGGAUAACUGGCAGUGUGCCAAUUUUGAGCCCAACUUUACGAUUUAUUUUCGCAUAAUUGUUUUUUAUCGCAUUUGAAUCUUCGAUUUUUGAGAUUCAAAAGUUUCCUCCCCCGUGUUUCAUUGGAAACUCCGCCCCUCAAUCUAAUAUUUACCGGUAGUGCCUGUUUUCUAGUGACCAAAAUUUUUUGUUUUUAUGGAAAAUAAACAUUUUUUUUUCUU